UUGCAGUGAGACCGUCGACAGGCGGAACUUUGCAACGAGUUAUCAGUGAAACGUUGUCGCUCGCGGUGGUCGGUCGGCGUUGGAGAAACGGUGCUGCUUAAAAAUAUCUCAGACCAGUUGAAAGUGUUGAACAGUCGUUUAUUAAAGCAGUUUUUGUCGAACCGGUUUUCUCGAUUUCCUCAUUCGCCAACGUUUUCGGCAUCAGUAUUUUUUUUUUCCUUACGGUUUUCAACAGUUGACAAAAAAAUCCAUAAUUGAAAAUCUACGAUUUUCUUUGUUAAAUUGUCGCCCGAUAUUGUUCGAAUUAAUUUUUCAUCAUUGAGUGACUCGGAAGUCCGGUCGGUAGCCUGGGAAGAGUGAGGGGGAAAAAGAUCUCGUCUUCGAAUCAAUAGAACACGCUGGCUCUAACUUUUUCCAACGGAUUCUCACCAUUGUGGUGGCAGAACUCUUACGGCUUGGCGGCGUCCGGAAUAUCAAAAAAACCUCUGCAGUGGCUUUGGUCAACUGGUAUAAGAUACUCAACACACGACUCGCUGCAAUACACAUUCCGAUAUGGUUGCUUUCCCGGAUCCGGAGGACAGACCAAAACUGUUGAGCAUUACAGAUUUGGCCAGUCAAAACCAGAAAUCGAACAAGAGCCCGGCUGACGCUCAUCCCGACCCAGCACCCAAACAGGAAAAUCACGCGAAGAUAAACAACGAUCACUCGUUUACCGUCGGUGACAAUAAAGCUGAUCUCACCCUCGACGUCGGUAAAUUCUCCAAAAAUGACUACAUCGAAAUCUCGAAUCUUAACGCUGACGAAGUCACUGCCAAAAAAAUAGCAGCAUCACUGAAGCUCCCCUUUGGAGCUUAUUCCGAAAAGAAUGGUCUGCCACCUCCGAGUCCAGGAGGCGGAUCGCUGUCCAGCAGCAGUUCCAUCGUCACGAUCACCUCGAUCACAAACUCCGACCCAGAUCCUGACUUUCCCGUUGGAUCGCCAGGCUCUGGAGAUAAGCGGAAAAUUGUCAAGGCCGAAAAGUGGUACACGACAACGGUACAGAUUUCCGUACCGUUUUUCAUCGCUGGAAUUGGCACCAUCGGGGCUGGAUUGGUUCUGUCGAAUGUGCAGAAUUGGCCGGUGUUCGUGGCCGUCAGUGAGCUCUUCAUCCUUGUACCAGCUCUACUGGGUCUCAAAGGAAAUCUCGACAUGUGUUUAGCCUCACGACUGAGCACACAGGCAAAUAUCGGCAACAUGACAAGCUUCCGAGAGAUCAUGAAGAUGAUAAUUGGCAACGUGGUUCUCGUUCAAAUUCAGGCUUCAGUAGCGGCUAUUCUUGUAUCUAUUUUCGCCCUCUCCGUGGGGGCGGUGAUGCAGGGACAGUUCGUUUGGAACCACGCUCUUCUGUUGACCACUUCUAGCAUUUGUACUGCGACCAGCUCAUGCUUUGUCUUAGAUUUCGUAAUGAUCGCUGUAAUUAUGGUAUCGCAUCGGUGUAAAAUGAACCCCGACAAUCUUGCUACACCGCUCGCUGCAUCCAUUGGUGACGUAGUCUCCAUCACCGUUUUAGCGACUGUUGCAUCCGCACUCUUUAAAAUACUGGAUAAUCAGAUAUGGAUUCUCUACCUCAUCCUGGGUGGUUAUAUUUGCCUUUUGCCUCUAUGGAUAUGCAUAGUUCUGAAAAACAAAUAUACCAGAAACGUUCUGAAAACGGGUUGGACGCCGGUUUUGUCAGCGUUGUUCAUUAGCGGGCUUGGCGGAUUAGUCCUUGACCAAGCGGUCGACGUCUUCGACGGCUUCGUCAUAUUUCAACCAAUAAUAAACGGAAUUGGUGGCAAUCUAGUCUCGGUGCAGGCAUCCAGAAUCUCAACACUAUUGCACCAAACCUCAAUCAUGGGAAUUUUGCCACCCCACGCAAAGAUCUUCGUUUCUCCGUGGGCAGCGCUUUUCAAAGGAGUACCUUACGCCAAAACAGCACGAAUUCUGAUGGGUAUGGCAAUACCUGGUCAACUGGUCUUCAUCUUCACUGCAGACUACAUUCAAUGGGGCUACUCGACGCUGCAGAUCUAUUUCAUACUAUCCUACUUGACUGCCGCGUUAUUGCAGAUAAUGCUCUUGCUCUAUAUCGCUCACAUAAUCAUCCACGCGAUGUGGCGGUACAAAAUUGACCCGGACAAUUCUGCAAUCCCGUACUUGACAUCGCUCGGUGAUCUUACCGGAUCGUUGUUGCUGGCUGGUGCUUUCAAGAUGCUGCAGUCUAUCGGGUACGAAUACGGUGACUAUUGAAGUGUAUACAUCUAAUAUUACCGGAGAGAAACCAUUAAGGCGAACGAUGUGAGAUCGUCACAGGCCUGGAGCUUUGACUCAUGGAUGACAAAAUUUUAUCAUCGAUGGUGACGGUCGACCAUUAGACUGCAAGAACAAAAACGUAAAUUUGGUAUAGACAUCAUCGGAAGUGAUAAGUUUCAGAAGUAUAUUGAUUGCAAACCAUGAAAAAAACCAGCGACAGAUCAUGGCCUCAUAUUCGCGCGCAAGAAUCGGCGAAAUAUAUAUCUCAAAUCAAGCACAAGAUUCAAAUGAAUUGAAUUUCGUUUUAUCCUAAAGCAGAUUAUUGGCGGUCUUUAGAUAUUACCCGGUCACAAUAUGAUUUCAAUGAUUCAUUGCCAGUGAAUAGAAUUGGUUUGAGAAUGAAUGAAUAUGUGAACUUUUAAUGCCUGUCAUAUUCACCGCAGUCAUUUGGGCGUGAACUAACGUGUAACUUCAGUCAAAUUCAUUAUGUAUAUACCUACACACGAACUUAUUGACCUACAUCCAAACAAAUCAAUUGCCAUAAAGCAAUCAUACGUAAAUGUAUCACACGAAGUACUUCGUACAGAAUGGUAUUUGUACCUCCGACUCUAUUUACGUAAUAAGAAGAUGCGGUAAAAUGCAAGAAAGAAAACCGUGAAGUGCAAAAAAAAAAAAGAAGCUCAGUGACUUAGGUUAUAUGGAUCUACUGUAAUUGAAUGUAUGAACAAAUAUUAAUCCUCGCUAUGGCUCGGGGAUGUUUUAAAGCACAC